GCCGUCUGACAACUCCGACACGAUCGCGUCGCAGUACUCGCGUAACUCGCAUUCUGUGCAUUUGUGCGAUGUGCGUACGAUGGGGUGGGACGUGGGGCGCAUGAGUGUAGACGCGCGUUCGGUUCUCCGCUGAGGGACACGGGCGGGGAUACGUGAAUUAAGGUCUAGGCCGAUGAGGCCGCCGUCGUGACGAGAUAGAGUCGUUCAGUCCCUCGAUGGACCCGGCUUCCUCGGUCGCAUGCCGCAGUCAACGGUAAUCGCGAGCGAGCCUCGGAGAACGAUGCCGAAUGUCAGGAACUACCCGGGCGGUCGGCAUCGGGGCUGCUUGCGCAAGUACCGGCUGGUCUUCGCCUUUGGCAUAAUCAUGCUGUGCGUCCAAGUCUAUCUGCACACAUAUUUCGGUCUGGUCAAUGACAAGAGCAAGUCUAGCCGGUUGUCGUCCGGAGAGGGUGGUUCUUCCCAACCUGAGGAGGAUGAGGGCCUGCCGAAAGGCUUACGUCAACUGAAACUUCCACCCGACAAGCAGGCAAACUCGAACAAGCAAACUCACAUGCAGUCCCAGCUAAGAAAUCGCACCGCCAGAAUUAAGCUAGAUCGCAAAUCAUUGAAUUUCACACCUGUGUGCGAUGUUACGGUCCGGGAGGCGGUGAGCGCCGUAACGCGUGCCCAGAGUCAAGCAUGCAAGCAACGCAUUGUCAAUGUGACGUGCCUUAGCCAGCAGGGUUUGUUGUACCCGGAAAGAGUACAAUCUUUGUGUCCCCAUUCUCCAGGUUUUAGAGGCAUCCCGAUCAACUUGGGCUGCUUCAAGGACGAUAAAACACUGAGAGCGCUCUCCGGUUAUUAUCACGUCUUUAAAGGGAACAAUACGCCCGAGCGUUGCGCUUAUAUGUGUCUUCAAUCGGGAUUUCCGUACGCCGGCACAGAGUACUCGAUGGAAUGUUUCUGCGGAAUGGAAGAGCCGCUACAGACGAAACGGUUACCAGAUUCCAGCUGCAACAUGAAAUGUUCCGGCAAUCCGAAACAGACGUGCGGUGGUUAUUUGACUAUUAAUAUAUAUUCAACUGGAAUUCAAAAAUUUAAGGCUCAAGAGGCGAGAAACUCGAGUUUAAAAAAUGAACUCGAGCAACCUGUGCGAAUAGCUUAUCUGCUGACGGUGAAUGGCAGAGCGAGUCGGCAAGUGAAACGACUUAUCAGUAUUUUGUAUCAUCCCUCGCAUUUUUUUUAUAUCCACGUUGACGCGAGGCAAGAUUAUUUAUAUCGCGAAAUGUUGGAACUGGAAAAAUGGUGUAAACUAAACAAUAUCAAAGUGGCAAGAGGAGAGGGCUUGCGACACGCGAGUAUUUGGGGCGGCGCGAGUCUUUUGACGACAUUUUUGAAGUCCGCGCAACAGAUGCUCGCCUAUCAUCAACAUUGGGAUUUUCUCGUAAAUCUAUCGGAAUCCGAUUUCCCUUUGAAAAGCAAUAAUCAGUUGACCGAGUUUCUCAGUUGGAAUAAGGGUAUGAAUUUCGCAAAAUCGCACGGAAGGGAGGUUCAGCGUUUCAUAGCUAAACAGGGUUUAGACAAAACUUUUGUCGAAUGCGAAGCACGCAUGUGGCGAACCGGUGAUCGAAAAUUACCAGAUGGUAUUCAAAUUGACGGUGGUAGCGACUGGUUUGCUCUGAGCCGAGACUUCGUCGAGUACGUUGCCGAUCCGAAUCCCGAUCAACUGGUAGCCAAUCUAUUAAAGCUGUUUAAAUACACCUUACUGCCAGCCGAGUCAUUCUUUCAUACGGUCUUGAGAAACUCACGAUUCUGCAAUACUUAUAUAGACAAUAAUCUGCACAUGACAAACUGGAAGAGGAAGUUGGGUUGCAAGUGUCAGUACAAGGCUGUUGUAGAUUGGUGCGGAUGCAGCCCGAAUGAUUUUAAACUCGAGGACUUUAAUCGGCUGCGAAACACGGUGGAUCGCAAUAUAUUCUUUGCCCGUAAAUUUGAAUCUGUCAUCGAUCACCGAAUCAUAGACCGCGUGGAGGAAUGGCUGUAUCCCGACCGAAUGAACAAAACGACUAGAUUGAGGGGCUACAACAUGUACUGGCAAAGCCUGUAUCAUCACGCGGACUUGAGCCCACUACCGGACGACGCGUUGUUAACGCUCUCGUACUCCUUGGCGAGAUUGGUUUACCGCAAGCUGAACAUAAAUAACAAAAAUGUCCGCCUAUUAGAAAAUACCGCGUACUUUCGCGACAAUCGUUUCGCUGGUAUACUAAUUCUGGCGGAGAACAAAGAAGAAUACUCCGACGUGUCUGUACUGCCCGACGGUCGCGCGAGACGUGUGGAAGCUUUGGUCUCGAUGCGACACAAUUUUUCUGCCAGUAGAUUAUGGUCAGGAAAAAUACGAAGUCUCUCUGUUAGCACGGAUUACGAUCAAAAGGAGCAGACGUUUAGAAAUUUGAUGGGCAGCAUGGGGCCGUACUCGACUCCGGUCUUGGCUUACGAGUUCGACGCGGGUGUUACGAUACCGCAGAAUGUAUCGAUCCUAUGGAUUGAUCCACAUGGCCGCCUCGCCGACGUGAAUUAUCUCCUGCUUGAAGAGAUGACCUUGGUGGGACAUGUUAAGCCGCAGCUAAACGAGCAACUAGCCGUUGGUACUUGGCGACUAUUAUUAGUUGCCGACACUCAACUGAUGGCAAAAUUAAAAUUCUUGAUAAAUCCGUUAUCCUACUGGAAGACAAAGAAGAUAGAUUUGGACAAGGCGAAGAAGAUACUAGACGGUCCGAGCACCGUCUAUCACAUCACAGAGGAGAUGAAUAAAAGCUGGUCGAAAAUAGCGAAAGCGGCGAUGGCGAACGAGCCGAUUACGCACAGUCAAAACAGGAUCGGUGAGGACCUCGACGAUUGGUUGGACAGAUUAGUAUACGAGCACUAUGAGAUCGGCGAGGUAUGCGACGCCGACGAUGAGAUUCGGUCCGAAUCGAAGCUACAAAAGUGUCUCGACACCCCUUGGAGCUCUUUGAGCCCCGAUUCAAAGGCUGAUACUCGUAACCUAUGUCAAAACUACUAAUUAAUUAUUUUACCAACUACGUGCCAUUUUCGCCCGUUUUGAAACCUAUUGUACGUGUAUAAAGAUUACAAGACGUCUUUAGAUAUUUUUAUAUCGAUUAAAAGCUGUACAUAUAUAUACUUCAUAUUUAUAAGA